UUCUACUUGGUCUUUUUUCUUAGUCUAAUUGGAAAUGGUCUGGUUUUGUGCGCUCUUGUGAGAUACGAGGACCUUAAAAAGGUAACAAACAUAUUUAUUCUAAACUUGGCCAUCUCUGACUUGGUGUUUGCCUUCUCUCUCCCAUUCUGGGCAUUCUACCAUUCAUACCAUUGGAUCUUUGGAGACUUUAUGUGCAAACUCUUGAGUGGAAUGUAUUUUAUUGGCUUCUACAGCUGUAUGAUGUUUCUAAUGGUGAUGACUAUUGACCGCUACCUGGCAGUGGUUCAUGCUGUAUCUACUACGAGGAUAAGGAGAACAUGGCAUGCCUGUUUGGCAAGUGCUGUCAUCUGGUUCAUCAGUAUAGCAGCUGCUAUCCCAGAAAUGAUCUUAACUGAUACAGUAAAGGACAUUGAUGGGAACUAUAUGUGUGAAGAAACAACAUUUUCAGAGGAGAAGAAAGUUACUUUGCAGUUGCUGGGAUAUUAUCAGCAAAUUGUGUUUUUCUUUUUGCUUCCAUUUGCUGUUAUUGUGUACUGCUACUGCAGGAUUUUAAAGACGGUGGUUACCUGUAGAAUAAGGAGGAAAUACAAGGCUGUGAAACUAAUAUUAACCAUUGUUGUAGUAUUCUUUCUAUGUUGGGCUCCAUAUAACCUAAUUAUAUUACUUAUGUCACUUAAGCUGCUUGAAGUAUCUCCAUUGACAGAAUGUGAUGUAGGCAUAAUGCUUAACUACUCCUUUUACAUCUGUCGCAACAUAGCUUACUUUCACUGCUGCCUCAAUCCUUGGUUUUAUGUCUUUGCUGUGGUGAAGUUCCAAAGACACUUGACUUCUCUAUCAAGAUGUUCCUUUUCACAUUAUAGAUUUAGGGAGCCUAACUUAAGUUCUCUAAACAGUGCACCUAGAAGCUCAAUAAUGUCUGACAAACUAUAACCUGUUUUGAGGACAAACCAUUGAAUAGAUUCACAAACAAAAUAAACACUGGGGCCAAAAUAUGUUUUAAUUUGUAAUCAUCCUGUCAAAGUAAUGACCGACUUUGCCCUGGCUUUUAGUAAAUGUCUUAUAAAGCAUGUUAAAUUUGUCUAAUGGCUUUUGAUACUGCUGCCCAUUAUUAUAGACAUUUUAAACUCUAAAGGCUUGGCACAUAACCUCUCUUGGAGAACAUGGUGCCUAUACUGCACAAAUAAGCAUAUUUCCUCAGUAAAUUUUAGAUAACGUCAGAUUAGCAUUAAUCAUCUCCAGUUCUACAUUAGGUCUAGUGAUCUAAUGGUUAACAUAUAAUUGUCACUGUAGCUACACACUGUCACAGAGCCUGUCAAAGUGCUAUUUUAUGUGUGAAACUAUUUUUCUCCCUGGUUAAAACACAAACAUGGGCUAUUGACUUCCAUUAUUGUAUUAUAUUAUUUUAAUGUGGUGAUAGUAAGCAGAGGGAGACAUUAACAAGAGUCAUAUUAAGCAAAUAUUACUGUAUUUUACUCUUGGUUGGCUCGGGAUUAUCAAGGAGUCCUUGGAACAAAUUGUUGUAAUUGCUUCCCAUAUGGAAAGAACUUCUAUUUUACAUAUAUUCUAUUUUUAUGUGUAUACAUAAAUUAUAUGCAGAUUGGUAUAACAUUUGCCUGAUUUUAUAUUAUUUUAUAUAAGGAUUUUAUGUGUUCCGAUAAGUCUGAAUCUGGUCAAUCUUAACUUUUACAGAUUAUAUGUCAACAUUUAACAAAAGUGGUAAAAGCUUAUUGGUAAACGCAGGUAUAUCAUUGAAUAAUUUACUUAUUCCUGCAUGUAAAUUGUCAAUUAACAAAAUAAUCGCUAAUGUCGAAGAAUAUAUUUAUUUCUGCAUACAUAUUUUCCAUUAACAAAAUAAUCAUCAAUGAGUUUACAGCAGUGGUGGGCGGCCCGCUGGGGAUGCAAUAAUGGUCCUCGUCACUUAGACAAGCUUUAUACUACUCCAAGCUUAUACUAAACAGAGCAUUGGAAUUGGAAUUCUGUAGUGCUGUGGAACAGAUCUGUGCAGAAAGAACAAGCUGUUGAUGGUAAGCAGGAAUUAAAGAUUGUAACCUUUCAGUGGAAGAACAUGCUGCCAUUCACGUGUUUCUGUCCUCGUCCCAGGAUAAUUUAUGUAGUAGAGUUAAACAAAAAGCAACGUUUUUGUAAGAAGGGUAAACCUUGAAGAUACUGUAUUUUUUAGAAAAACAGUGGUUAUCUUUAAAACUGUACACGUUUUAAUAGUCACGUCUAACCGUGAGAACGCCUGCUGCGUGACGGGUUUCUGCAAUGUCUGUUGUUAGGAGAUGGUUGUUGUUAGUAAGUUUAAUUUGUGCGAUAUUUUACUGCAGUGAAAUUGGGAAGGGAAGGUUUGCGUUAGCGAUAGCAAAGAGAGUUUAAAAUGGAUACAUGUGUGACAAGAGUAGGUGGAAAACAUGCUGGAGAGAAAUAGCUCUGCUGAGCUAGGAUGUGCUUUCACCAGCCUUAUGCCUGACUUCAAAAAGCUGCUGGAGACUAUGGCCUCCCAAGAGUCACAUUAAUGGUAGGAACUGCACAUUUAUUACUCUUAAUUAUAUUUGUAUUCAAAAGUGGUAACAUUGCUUAUAUUUUAGUCGGUGAAUGUAUUUUUGAUUAUUUCUUUAUCUAUGUAUUUUAAUUGGCGGUAUUGUGGUAUUGUGUUCUUGGGUCUGGUGGCCCUCAGGGCUGUUCAGGGCCACACAUGCAGCCCUUUCAUUCAUUUCAGUUGCUCGUCACUGGCUUACAGUCAUGCACAACUGAGCAAUUUAAACCAGUUCAACAUGGUACUGAACAAUAUUGUGAUCCACUUAGAACAACCAACAUUCUGGUAAAACGAUUCACAAUGGUGUUGAAGAAUAUGGUACUCCAAAUACGUAGUAGUUUGGAGUACAGUAUCGUAGUAGUAUGAAAAAUAACAUUGUUAAAUGCAAAUUAAAUCAUUUAGGACCUUUUUGUUUUAGUUUUUUCAACAACAACAAAAAAAUCAUACUUUGGUUAUGACACAAUGUCACAGACAGGCAGUGAAUAGAUAUAUUUACUUAUUUAUUGCAGCAUUUUGUGGCACUUGAAGCCUUAAGGCCUCUCUAGACACCGGACGCGAUGCGACACUGCAGCGAUGAGACAAAAUGAAUAGAACCUACACUUUUGAUAAGCAUCUUUCACACCAUAGGCGAUGCAGAGAGACACCAGGAUGACACUGGGGCGGCACAAAAUAAAUAGGAUUGAAUCCUACUGUUUGCGAUUUGUCAUGCGACAACUUGGGAAUUAACCAAUCACCGAACAGCUUCAAUGCACGUGGUCCAGCAAGGUGAAGCAGUAUCCAGAAUGACGGAGGAAAAAAUAACUUGCCGUUGAAAAAAUACUUUGACAAAGGUCAUCGCAAUUAAAAAGAUACAUUUCUGAAAGACAAUAUAUGGGAGCCCAUUUCAAAGGAACUUGAUAAGCCUGGUAUGUAUGAUUUAUUGCCAUAUAUGUUGACGAAUAUGUACCAGUCUUGAUCAUAGCAAUCAAUAGCAAUUUUUAGUAGUUGUAUAGAUCUGGCAGUUUUCAAACCUGUGGCAUCGUCUGUGUCGCUUCUGGUGUGUAUGGUCAUGUCUCUGCGAAAGUAUCUUGUCGCCCAAUGAAAAAUCGCAUCGUGCCUGGUGUGUGGCAGCCUUUACAAUGUGCAAAGCGAGCGAGUCAUUAGCCAAAGGCACUUGGUUAAUUCUUGAGAUUUACCAAUAGAUGUCCAAAGUAAGUGGUAUCAUGUUUAUUUCUGACAUUUUACCAUUUUGCUUGAUAAAUGUCGACAUUUACCAGUAAAUCUGAAUACUUUUACCGUAACAUACAGUGCUCUCCUGUAUGUUUCUUUAUAAUCUGAAUAUAUGUUUAUUAUAAUCUAAAUGUGUGUUUUAUAAUCUAAAUAUCUGUUUAUAAUCUGUUAUACGACAUAUUUUCAUAUAAUCCAUUAUCCAAGUACUGGUAAUAUAAAUGUGGAAAUUAAGCAGAAUCGUUUUUAACUCUGACAGUUUCAUUUUGUGUCUUUUCAGAAAAUGUGGUCAAACUGGACAUUUAAUAAAAUAUUAGUAUACAUUUAGAUUAAUGAAACCAUAGGAAUCCAAAAUACAGUAACUGUUGAGCCCAACACAGAAUGCAUAACCCAGACAUUUCUAACACAUCUGACAGGAUGUAUCAUUGUUAUAGGGGUAUAGAAUGUCUAUUUUGACCAAAGUUCUGUAAAAAAAAUUAUUUACUUGAUGCAGGCUGUGGUCAGAGCAGCAGUGCUUCUUUUGUAUAGUAACUGAUCAAAUUAAAGCAUAAACCUUAUUGUAGUAAGUGAUAGAAAAUCUCAAGCUAUGUACCUUAGUAAUGUUAAAAUGAUAUGGUAUGGGUGCUAAGCUAGAUUUAAUUGUCUUGUGUAACUAAGCUAUGUAUCUUCUAUGACCUGUGGGUGUUUGAUAUACACUUUGCAGGUUUUUGUGUACUAGUUUAAAAUGCAGCCUUAUACAAAAAAUGAUUUUUAUGCUAUUUAGAAAAAUGUUUAUGGUGUCUGAUAAAAAUAUGAAUUAAUUAUAUAUGAAUGGAUGUAUAUUUUUAGUUAA